AUGUACAAAAUUCCCAAACUUCUCAAACCACCACAUAAAUAGUCUUUAGAAUUUCAAAAAAUGUAGGAAGAAUUAAGGAAAAGUAUGUACAUGGUUUGAUAUAAAGGCUAAUAGGCUUAAAAAGAGAAAGCUGUUGUUAAAAUAUAACCUGAAUUUGUUGUAGAAGAGGACUUGGAUGAAAAUGAUUAUGCAAAUUUUAUUCCAUUAAAAUAAGAACCAAAAAAGAUUGAAUAACUAUAAUAGUAUCAACCUAGAGACUAUUUGGAAGAGUUUUUUGAUUAAAAAGGAAUCAUUAAGAGAUAAUAAGAUAGAAAAAAUAAAAUGAUGAAUGCAAUAAAUUAUGAAAUUGAAAGGAAUGAAAAAUGCAUAGAUGAAUUAAUGCAAGAAUUUUAGGAUUAUUAAGAAGAGAUUAAUCAUAUUUAAGUUAAAGUAAAGGAUAUUGAAAAGGAAGGAAAAAAUUUAACAAUUCUUUAGAAAUUGGAAAUCUUAGAAGGUAAUCUGGAUGAAGCAUUAAAUUUGGAAAUAAAAGAGGAAUUUAAAUUAAAUCCUGAUGAUGAAGCUAUUGAUGAUAAAUUACAUUUAAUGUAUGAUAAUACUAAUAAUUUAAUUGAUGAAUAUGAAUAAUUAAAAUAAUAGAUUUUGGAAGAUGAAGAAAGACGUAGAGAAGAUUAAGAAGAGAAAGAAUUAUUAGAAUAAUUAGAUGAUAAAUAAAUUGAAGAUAGAGAAUUAUAACAUGAAUUAUAAAGAAGAAUUUAAUAAGUAAAAAAUGAAGGUGUUAAAUUAUAAAUGCAAUAAAAACUUUAAAAAUUAAAAGAAUCUACACUCCAAAGAACUGAAAUGAAAAAGGCAUCUGUUAAAAAUUAUUGUAGAAAUAGUAAACCAUAAUAAGAAUCUACUUCUAAAAAAAAGUUUUCUGAUAAAAAAUAAUAUAAUAUGUAUUCAUAAUAAUUUGGAUAUGGGAAAGAUAAAAUUACUUUUAAGCCUUUAUGA